AUGUCCAACGUGCACCUCUCCGGCGCCGCCGCCCUGGAGCGCCUCUCCGCCCGGAGAGCCCUGGCCGGGAACGGCCGCAGCCCCGUCUGCAGGAGCCUCUUCGGACCGGUGGACCACGAGGAACUGGGCCGGGAGCUGCGGGAGCGCCUGCGGGAGAUGGGGGAGGACGACCAGCGCCGCUGGGACUACAACUUCCAGACCGACACGCCGCUGCCGGGGCCCGGCCGCCUGCGCUGGGAGGAGGUGGAGGCCGGCGCCGUGCCCGCUUUCUACCGGGAGACUCUGCAGGUGGGACGGUGCCGCGUCCCCCUCCUCCAGGCGCCCCCUUCCCCGCCGCCACCCCCCGCCGCCGGGAAGGGGCCCGGGGGGCGCUUAAGCCGGGAGAACCGCGCCGCGCCCCGCCGCCGCGGCAUGCGGCCCCGCCGGAGGGGCCCGACGGCCCGCAUCACAGAUUUCUUCGCGAGGAGAAAAAGGCCGGCGGAGCCCAAGGCGGCGGCGGAGCGUCCAGCCGGCUGCCCGCCGCCCCCCGCCGCCGUGCCGGCUGAGCAGACCCCCCGCAAGCGGCUCCGGUGAGCCAGACUUUUGCACUACUGCACCCACGGGAGAGGCGCGCCGCCCCCGGAGGCGCGGCGCCCCGGAGGCACGGGGGGCCGGGGCGGGCGGCGUUGCGAGGUGGGACCCCCUCCGUGCCCGCCCGGACCGGGAGCGGGAGCUGGAGCCGGAGCGAAGCCGGAGCGCCUGCCCACCGGCCGCGCACGGAGCAGUGUUAAAAGUACAGCUGUGCAAUGUAUGACGUUCUGUAUAGAAAUGUAUUAUGCCUAAUGUUGAGUACACUGGCCAGAAGUGUAAAGCUUUAAAAAGUCAUUUAUAAGAAAUGUUUAAUCUCUGCUGAGCUCUCAGUGCAAAAAAAGAAAAAAGGAAAAAUGAAAAAAACAAGUGUAUAUUUGUACAAAACUUUUUUUAAGAGUUAUACUAACUUAUAUUUUCUAUUUAUGUCAGAAACGUGGAUAACUUGACAUCCAAUAGUCUUUUUUUUUUUCUUUUGGUUAAGCCAAAGGGCACUAUAUUUGCUUUUGUUAUUUACAAAAUGUAAAUUUAUUUUUAUAGUGGAUUUUUUUUUUUUUUGGCAUUCAUAAGAUGUAGCUAUGAAUCAAAAUAUUUUUUAGACUUUACUUGAAGACAAAUCUGUUUCAAUGGGUCCUGAGCCGGUCUGUACCACUGCCAUUGCAAAUAAUGCCACAACUUCAAUAAUAAAUAAAAUAAAAGGAAACGCC